CACAAAAUUACUCAAAUAAAUUCUGUUCACAAUGAAUUCGAUUUCUCUGGAGAAACUUGGUUCAUCUUGCAAGGCGCUUCGAGACUCGGAGCUGCGUACUGUUGCUUUGCUCGGCUGCCCGAUGAAAGUUCGAAAAUCGCGUCACUUUUUCCAACUUGAGGUCUUUGUACGUGCACAUAUUGAAACCGAGACUCCAAUGGAGGCACGCAUCAGUUGCAAGUUGAUCUUCAAGUGCCCCAGGUUUUAUCCUCGUGAUGCGCCCGAGGUGCACAUGCGAUCCAAGAAUAAUUUUCCCGAGUACUUGGAGUCGGAAAUUCUUUGGGAAUUCGAUCGCAUCAAGAACUUAUAUCAUGGAUCACAACACAUAAUACCAAUGGUGACCAGUGCUUUGUACAUGAUUGAGCGGGAAGAGCAAAGAUACACGGAAUCUGCAGUCGAAGAUGAAUCUAGAAACUUGUAGUCGCUUCCACUGAGGCCCCAAAUUGUUCAUGUGUUAAACGGAGUAUAAUUCCAAGUAGCUAAGCUCAGUUGUGUUUAAAAUUUAUUUAGUUUCGGUUAAAGCUUUGGGUGCACCAAGUAGCAUAGAAGAUAUUUUUUGUUUUUGACAAAUUAUUUCGCACUGAAUAUCUAAAUUUUGUGUUAGCUGAAGUAAACAGCGUCUACACAAAUGAAGCAGGGGAGUUGAGGAAAUAUGUUUUAUGUUACACGAAGCUAUGAUUUUAAUUAAGGAUCGAAAAAGAUUAUUUUCGAUAUUAUUUACAAGGUUUUCACUACAUGAUAAUAAACUGUAUAAAAUAAACUUA